CGAGAAAACGCGAGAAAACGCAUGAACAGAAUGACUGAAUCAACAACUUCUAGACUUAUACAAUAUCUGUGAGGUCUAUCAGAUCAACUAACAGCAAAAAUGAAGGAAUUCGCCGACCAUUUUUGGGGAGAAAAGAACAAUGGAUUUGAUGUUCUGUACCACAACAUGAAGCAUGGCUACAUAUCGAGUAAAGAACUUGCUGACUUUAUCAGGGACAGGACGUUUUCCCCGGUCUGGCAGAUAUUGAAGAACUCGUCCGAGCGACUCUCCGGCCUGCAUAUGGGUUUGACGCACAAGUUCCAGGAGAUUGUCAAAGACAUCCAGAAGUACAACGAAGAGCAGCAUAAAAAACACAGAAGUAUGAAGGACCAGGAGUCUGGCACCCUGGAAGUAGUUCAAUCCAUGCAGCAGACAACACAGCUAGUGCAGAAGUCUAAAGAGACCUACACAGCCCGAUGUCUUGAAUACGAAAAGCUGAAACGGGAUGCGGGCACAUCACCGAAAGAUUUAGAAAAGGCUGUAUCUACGGGAUUGCGGGGUUACGAGAGACCGAUUUCGUACGAUGAUGGUGCGAACUGUACUGUGUCCGCAUUUGAGCUCAAGGUUGAUGCAGGUUACGCGAGUAAAUCGUAG